AUGUUAAAUCUUGAAGAAUUAGCGUUACAACUUUCAGUAAUAAGAUUCGAAUCAACUUAUAUUGGUGGUAAUCAAUUAUACGAUGAAGUUCUUAACUAUAUGCCACGAUUAAAUAAAUUUAUUUUCAAUAUGUAUACUAACAUUAUUAAUAGCUGUAUUGGAAUUGAUCUUCCAUCGACUAAUGACGUUCGGAAUAGUUUCAUCAACAGAGGAUUUCAAUCAAUUGAUACAUGUGCUGAUGAAAGACUUAUAAAUAAUAUAGGCAACUGUCAUUUUUAUUCUCUUUCAUAUCAAUUCUCCGAAUUAUUAUUUAUGAGUAGUUGUUUUCAAGGUGGUAAAUUCGAUAAAGUUUGA